AUGGAGGAAACAAAACCAGUAAAGAGGAAACCCGUUUUCAAAAAGGUUGAUCAGCUGAAACCAGACACCAAGGGACACACCCUGGUUGUAAAGGUUGUUAGUUCGAAGAUGGUAUUGCAGAAGGCCAGACCUGACGGAAUCCAAGUUCGUCAGAUGAGGAUUGCUGAAUGCUUGGUUGGUGAUGAAACCGGAACCAUCAUUUUUACUGCCAGAAAUGACCAAGUUGAUUUGAUGACGACUGGCGCUACAGUGAUUCUGCGUAAUGCAAAAAUAGACAUGUUCAAGGGUUCUAUGAGACUUGCUGUGGACAAGUGGGGUCGAGUUGAAGUAACCGAACCAGCUAGCUUCGUUGUUAAGGAAGAGAACAACUUGUCGCUGGUAGAAUAUGAACUGAUUGAUGUCAAUGAACUGGCUAAUGCUGGUGCUCGUGAAGUGGUUAGUGUUGUCGAAAAGUGA